CUUCAAAGAGUCUGUAAAGAUUGUCCAGAACUCCAACAUCUUCUGAACAUGAGACCCUUUUUAUCUGUUUUUCACGCCAAAGCCCAUGACUUAAAAUGUGAGGUUAAAUGGAGUGGGGCUUACCAGGAAAAUGCUGGCUCUACACUAGGUGAGGAGGUAGAACAGUGCAAUGCCUUCCUUUCCAGGAUUGCUGUGACUACGAAACACAUGUCAAAAGCAGGACGUGCAGACAUGUUGACACUCUUGUCAUUGAAAUGGAACAAGCAGAAAUUUCAAAAUAUGGCCUCUUCACUAACCCAGAGAUAUCAGAAGACUUGUAAAGCUCUCCAAAGUCAACUAGAGAAUCUGGACUCCCUGAAAGCCCAGUUGGCAGUUGCAGAGAGCCAGCUAGAAGACUGGGUUAAUGAUGUUAAGGAGUGGGCUGAAGCAACAACUGCCAAUCAAGAUGCCACACCCCAGGCUCUGUGCAGCAAAAUUGAAGCCCUGGUAACAAGCAUAAAGACACGCUCACAACGUCUUUACAAACAAACAGACAGCAACAAGGGUCGGCAUAGAAUACGGCGAAAAAUCAGGGAGGAGAAGAGGACAUUGGCUGCUCUGGUGGAACAGUACAACAGAAUUGCUCCAUCUAACCGAACUUUGUGCAUGGAUGCCAUUAUCUACCAAGAAACACCAUGGCCUUGGCAACUACCAUGCAAUGAUUCUGUCGAUUUAAGGACAAAGAAAAUGGUGUUUGACAACAUCAUGGCUGUGAGAAGACUGAAAGAAGAGAAGCAGAUAUUGGUGAGGGAAAUGGAUCAACAUUGGAAGUUUCUGACAGCUCGUGCAGACACCCUGAAGGAGCUAACAUUCCUCCUGGUUUCUGAUCAGCCAAUGAAGAAUUCCCAGUGGAGUCUGACAGAGGAAGGUUCCAAAGGACUUCUGUGUGUCAUCCGGAGAAGGCUGUGGGAAACUAAAACUGUUCAAAAGCAUGUAAGAGACUCAUAUCUGCACAUUUUUUCUGGAUCAAAUGAUGGCAGCAACUUCCUGCUGCAGACCUCCUGCGAUGAGUAUUAUGACAGUAGUUCUCAAAGCUCAGAUGAUAACACUUGCAUUCUGUAAUUGUUCCAUAGAGCUCAGCUUCAGAUACUAAUACCUUGGAUAUGGCCCUCUUGUACAUGUUACUUUAACAUGUUAAUAGCACUGAACAUACUAGCACAACAUAUUAAUAUCACUACAACAUACAAGCACAAAACAGACCCUUACUACCACAUAUUAUUAUCACGUGUACUAGCAAAAGACAGACACUUUUUGCCACAUAUUAUAUCACUACAAUAUACGAGCAUAACACUGACCCAUGCAACCAGAGUACUAGCACAAAUCGAGGUGUGGGCGGCACGGUGGCUAAGUUGGUAGCACUAUCGUCUCACAGCAAG